GGUGUUUGGACCGCCGGGACAUCUGUGUGUGUCCAGAGUACUGAGAGACGAGGACUUAAUGGACUGAACACAGACCGAGCUGCAGGACCUGCGUCUUCCCCUCGUGUGAGGGAGCUGCUGCUGGAUCCAUGGAGAAGAAGCGAGGAGGAUCUUCUCAGUACGGUUCUCUGGAGCGCACUGAAGCCACCACGGCCACCAGCAAAGCAGAGGAUGACGUGGUGUCCAUGGCGGACUCCAGCAUCACAGAGGACGACAUCGAAGGCGAGCUCUUCAAGAUUGACAGGAUCAGGGACAUCCUGGUCAGGAGAGAGUCAGAGCUCAGAUAUAUGAUGGAUGACAUUCAACUGUGCAAGGAGAUCACUCGUCUGAAGAAGGAGCUGCACAAAUUAGUGGCCGUACCAGAUAACGACAAGUCUAGUGAGGAUCGGCAGAAGGAAGAAGAACUUCUGCAGCAGAUCCACAAGCUGGUGGAGACCAGAGAUUUCCUCGUGGAUGAUGUGGAGUUUGAACGGCUCAGGGAGAAAGAAGAAGAUAAAGAAAUGGCUGAUUUUCUGAAGUCUAAGUUCCCAAGAACUGUGAAGAAAACAGGUGCCCCGGUCAAACGAAUACCGUCACGGGUCCAGCAGCCUUCAUCUGCCAUCACAAAGACGGGACUCACCCUGCUGAAGGAGUGCUGCGGCUUCACCUGCUCCAUCAUGUAGACCAGGGAGCCGACUGUCCCACCAAGUCCAUAGUUCCUGUUUCAGGCUUUCCGUCCAGAUCUGGAAGCAUGGACUAGUUGUGCCCAUUUAGAAUUUACCACCACAAUGCGUUGCAAAGAUGUUGCAGUGAGUUUUCCAUCCUGGGAUCUAUACUUUGUUUCCUCUCAUUUGGUUUCAUAUUACAUUCUAACGUUUGUCCUCUUGUCUUGCACUUGCUCUCACUGCUCUCAGCCCAAACUCCUCUGUUUAUUGGUUAUGCAAAGUGGUUAAGUAUUUUUCAGCUAUGUUUAUUUGUUUGUCUGAGAUUUAAUUACUCCAAAACCUCUUGACUAAUGUUUAUAAAACUGGAUGGAAGGAUGGGCAUCGGCCCAGAAAGGAUGCCUGAAAUUUUGGUGCAGAUCCUGACAUAAAUUUUUUCCACUUUUGUUAAAACUGCAGCAUUUUAAAGCAGUUUCUAAAGAAAUAAUUAUUUUAAAGCUGUAUAUGUAGAAUUUUGACAUCUAAACACAUUAAAUAUUAAACGUUAAAAGACCUGUGCCAGGAAUGAUUUGGGUGUAUACCAAUUUGUUCAGGUCUGUCUUUAGUUUUAAGGCAUU